AUGAGGACCCUCGGCAGAGUCCUCUUCCGCCUCACCUGUCUCUGGCACGUCAGCGGCCUCCGCCUCCUCCUCCUCCGCCUCCUCCGGCGCGUCAGCGGACUCCGCCGACUCAGCAACGGCGGAAGAGGGACGCCGCCGCUCCGGCGGCUAGCAGUACAAGAGGCGGGAAGAAAUUCAAAUAUGGUCCAAGCCUCAAGGCUCCAGAAAAGGUUUGGAAAAAAGUUCACCGGAAUGGUUCCAGGUCUGCAGAAGGAGCUACGAUUUACACACCCCAAAGCACCCGGGAAUGAUUUAUGUGGAUACUACAUUUGCGAGUUCAUCCGCCACUCGACCUCCGAGCGGGGCUACUCUGACAAACAAUUUGAACUCAAUUUUGUACUAGCUUUAGUAUGGGGAGCAGUACUUUUCGUUGCUCGUUGGGAGAUCAAGAUCAAAUUCAAAAAUGGAAGAGUCGUAGGGUUGAGACUUUUGCAGCGGCAUCCUGUUACUUUCUCUCUCUCUUUACCUUUACCUUCCUCCCCACGCUCGCAUCUUUUUCACCACCCGUCCCGUGCAUCCGUCCCCUAUUCCCCUCCCGUCCCCAGCCAGCGUCGUCGCCUCCUCUCCGGACCUGGUGCCGCCGAGAAGCCGCCCACCGCCGACGCCAGCAGCUUCCCCGCCGACGACAUGCUCGGCGAUUCCAGCGGCAACGGCGGCGGCGGGCCGUGGCCUGUCCGCAACCAGUGGGCGCGGGAGGAGACGCUGGCCCUCAUCAGGAUCCGGUCGGAGAUGGCCGCCGCCUUCCGCGACGCCGCCGUCAGGGGCAAGGUUCCCCUCUGGAUCUGGGAAGAGGUCUCCAGCAAGCUCGCGGAGCUUGGCUACGAGAGGAGGAGCGCCAAGAAGUGCAGGGAGAAGCUCGGGGGCCUGAACAGGUCCUACAAGCGCGCCGAGCAGAGCCGGGCCGGCAGGCAGGACGGCCGGAGCUACCCCUUCUCCCAGGCGCUCGACGCGCUGCACGCUGCCACCGCCCGCGCGUGGCUGCAGAAGCACCAGGAGCAGCUGCUGAUGGUCCUCGGCGGCCGCGGCCCCCCGCAGCCGCACGCCUUCUCGGCGCCGCGGCCGAUGAGCGCAAUGCCGCCGCCGCCGCCACCGAGGUUCCCGAUCAUGUCGGCUCCUGUUUCUUGGGCGGCGCCUGCGGAGCUUCCCCAGCCACCUCCCGUCUGUCUGCAAGGCCUGAGCUUCCCGUCCAUGUCCGAGUCCGAGUCUGAUGACGACGGGCCCGAGGUUGGCGAGAUGACGGCGGCGACCGGCGACAGCCUCGGCAAGCGCAAGCGCAAGCGUGGCGGCGGCAGGAAGAAGAUGAUGGCUUUCGUGGAGGGGCUGAUGAAGCAGGUCGUCCAGAGGCAAGAGGAGAUGCAGCAGCGGUUCCUGGCGGCAAUGGAGAAGAGGGAGGCGGAGCGCGCGGCGCGGGAGGAGGCCUGGCGCCGGCAGGAGGUGGCCCGGCUCAAGCGCGAGCAGGCGCAGCGCGCGCACGACCGCGCCGCGGCGGCCUCCCGCCACGCCUCCAUCAUCGCCUUCAUCCAGCGCGUCGGCGGGCAGGCCGCCCAGGUCCCGCCCAUCGUCUUCCCCACGCCCACGCCGACGCCGUUCCAGACACCGCCGCCGCGUCAGGCCACACCGCAGCCCGUCCCAGCCGCGCCGCUCCAACGCCAGCCACCGCCGCAACCUCGACAGAAGCUGAUGCCGCGGCGGGCCACGUCGCCGCCCCAGCCGCAGCCCAUCCCAGCCGCUCCGCUCCAAUGGCUGCCACCGCCGCAAGCACCACAGGCACAGCACAAGGAAACGACGCAGGAAGAGGCGCACGGACCCCGUCUCCUGCCGGCUCAUCAUCACUCGCGCUGGUUCCCGCCGCCAUGGAGCAAUGCUUCUCCCAAGUUUGCAGAUCACAGCUUGCAGCAGUCGUAGAAAACUGUCGUUCUUUUUUGCAUGCAACAGCGAGCGAGCGGUGAAGCAUGGAAGGCCCACUGCAACCUGUCAAAUUUCUACCUUUUCUACCAA